AUGGAUUCCUUUGAGAUUGCCGGCUCCGUCUUUGAUGCGCCCGUGUGCCGCAGCGCCGUGCCCGUCGUGGUGGGCGCGUCGCUGGACGAGACGGUGCGCGUGCACUGUGCAGUGGACGCGGACCCCAAGGACGUCCGCUUCACGUGGCGCCUCACCAACAACGCCGACACGUUCGAGGUGUCGCCGCAGAAGACCGGGCCGCACAAUGCCACCACUUCGGAGCUGCGGUACCAGCCAGAGUCGGACAAGGACUACGGCACGCUCACCUGCUGGGGCCGCAACAGCGUUGGCGGCCAGAGCGACCCCUGCGUCUUCAGGGUCAUCCCCGCCAUGCGGCCCAGCCCUGUGCACAACUGCACGUUGCGCUCGGCGGCUGCGUCCAACGGCUCGUCGCUGCAGCUGCUGGCGCCCGUGCCGGCGUCGGGCACGAGCAACGCGCUGGGCGGCCACCAAGGCGGCGGCCUCGACACGCCACCGCCCGGCUCGGGCGUCCUGGACGUAGAGUGCAUGGCUGGGCCUGACGGCGGCCUGCAGCAGACGUUCCACCUCGAGGCCUACGAGUCGCGUACGAUGCGCCUGCGCUACAACGUCUCCGCCCCGGAGCCCGCUUUCCGCCUUGACCCCGGGCAGCUGCUCCCCGCGCGCACGCCCACCCUGCACCUCGUGCUGUACGCCAGCAACGCGAAGGGCCGCAGCCAGCCGCUCGCCAUGGACGGCAUCCCCCUCCGCACCCGCGAGAGACACAUCGACUACAUCGGCGACGAGGACAGUCUCUCUCCGCCAGUGAUGUACACCCUUGUGGUGACAGCUGCGCUCCUUUUACUCGCUGGCCUGGUCAUCCUGUGCCUUGCCUACCGGCGGCGCCAGGACGGCGCCCCCACAGUGGGCGUUGUUAAGGGCGGGCGCAACCAACUCGACAUCAAGCACGACCAGUGCUACGUCGUCUCGUACACGCUCAAAUCGGCAGCAGAUUGCACCGAAAGAAAGCCGGACAUUCUAGAGACCCCGCGAGGAAAUGAGACCAAAGCGGACCUUGACGGAUUCGGCCCGACUCGGCCCGACUCAUUGUUCGGGGUCUCUAGUUCGGCGUCUGGCAUCGGCCUGGGCCCGGCUGGCAGCCUCGGCUCAGCUCUUGGGUCGGGGAUCGGCUCGGGGCCCGGGCCAGGAGUGACCGUCUCUGGUUCCGGCUCCAGUGGAUUGGGUCCAACGGCGUCGGCCAGCAACAGCAGCUUCCCCUACCCUGCGCCCAGCAGAGAGCACCCGAGGGAGCACACCAUAUCACACAUGUCAUCUUCGCCGGGGAUUACGUCACCCCUGUCCGGGACCGCACCAGGGCUGGGUCUCCUGGCUGCCUGCGCGCCGGGGCAGGGGCCUGGGCCCGGCAGCGGCAGCCGGUUCGGCAACCACGUCGACGGCAUCGUGGGCAACGGGACCCUGAGGAGAACACCGAAGGAACCCUUACGGGACGCGCCGCCCCCGCCGCCUCUUCGUGAUUUGCUGACCCCGCACAAGGACCGACACUUAGCUGACUCUAUCCCCGGGCCAGAGAGCUGUGUCUGAUUCACUGAGAAAUCAGUGGCAAAGUGUGGUCUUUUCUACAGUGCCUACGGUGCGAAUCGUGGUGACAGAGCCACUGUAACAUGUACCUGGGAGUUGUCCACAAAUAUAUCCAUGAUUUUGGAUACUUUCACAAAUUAAAUUUAGUUGGACGGUCAGUAUUGAAUUUCUGAUGUAGUUGUAUAAUUGUAAAAAUGUUUUGGUCGUCUAAUUAAAAUUAAUUUGUUUGAACUGCUGACGGAUACUAUGUUUGCCAAGUGUCACUGAAAGUGGCUACAUGUUUCUAUUCUGAAGUUGCCCACUGCCGAUUAAAUCUGUAUGAACUAUUGUUGCACUGUUGUCAAAGAUUAAGACCGUAUAUUGUGAGAAAUCUAAACAUGAACUGUUGAGAUCACAAUAUCAUAUGAGAAAUUAACACAAAUUACGCCGGUCUUAUAAUUGUUUUACGUAACAGUGUACAAUUUGUCAGAACUCUCUAGCUCCAUUUGCUUCCAUUAUGUAAAGUGUAAAAUAAAAAGGACACUUUCUUUUAGCAUCUACAAUAAUCAUAUUUGCAGUGUUCCCAUGUUUACAGAAUAACGCACUGCAAUGCAGGGUUCUAAAGAAACUUUGCAUGUGAACAAUUAAAACUUCCACUUUCAUAUCUGAACUGAAAUUUAUCUCGUGCAAUGAUCUCGCUCGCUGUGAAGAUACAUAUAGCGUGAAAGGAUAAAACCUUGACUGUAAUUGUUUUCCUUCUAGGCUGAAAAAUAUUCCCCGUGCUCUGAAUCUAUUUUUCUACAUAUAAUUGGAUGACUUUGCUUAGUCCCAAGUGAUAUCACCAAAAAAUGGCAAUCACCUCAUGAUUAGAAGUAUAAGUGGCCAGGAUAAGUGAUCCCAUGCUGGAAAUGGUUCACGGCAUGCGUUUUUGUUUUUUAUUAAUGAAUAAAGAGAAUAUAUAUGUAAAUAUUUUGUUUGUACAUACAGUAUAAUGACAUAAGUGUAAAUAACAUAUUUGUACAAAUUAAACGUUUUGUAAAACAUG